AUGUGACACCCACCACAACCAAAACCACCAAAACCCCCCACCUUAUAAUUUCUCUCACUUAUAACUUAUAAUCCCCCUCUUCCUAACAAUUUCCUCUCAUCGGAGGGACCCACACACCACCACCAUGUCCCCACCAAAACACCACCCUCCUCCACCAGCACCACCAGCAGCACUAGCAGCACCACCAGUAGCACCACUCUUAAAACAAAAAUCAUGGUCACCAGAUUCUUACCGUGAAGAAUUAUGGCUUCGUCGGAAAGAACAAAGUGGGCCCCGGCGUCGUAGUAAAAGCCUUACUGAUGAUGAUUUCGAUGAACUUAAAGCUUGUAUUGAACUUGGGUUUGGUUUCGGGUUCGAAUCCCUUGAUACACAACCUGAUCCAAGAUUAUCCAACACUCUUCCUGCUCUUGAGUUUUACUUAGCAGUUAAUAAGAGUUAUAACGACACCGUUUUAAGGUCCAAUAAAUCUUCUUCUUCAUUGGCUACAACUUCUUCAGAGAGUGACUUGUCUCUCUCUUCUCCCGUCGGCAGCCCUCUUACCACCAUGUUUUGGCCAGGUGAUGAUCCACAGACAAUUAAGACAAGGUUGAGACAUUGGGCACAAGUGGUUGCUUGUUCAGUGAAACAAUCAUGGUGAUUGACAUCAUACUUCUCUAUUCUGCUGCUUAAUCAAUCUAUCACAGGGGUUAAUUAGUUUGUGCAUAUUACUUUUAACCCAAACAGUACACAUCCUUAUCAUCAGUUCGAGUUCCCCUCUGCCCCCUUCAAAAAAAAAAAAAAAUAUUAAAGAGAGAUUAGGAGAGACAAAUUGACAAAUUACUUUGAUGCAUCUUAACAAUGUUAUAAUUUUAAAAUUUAAAUCUCACCAGUUAGAGCACUUAAUGUGACCCCAAUUUUGGUAAAUUUUGCGUAUCUUUUUGUUCUUUGGUGCAUGUUUUUAUUCCAGUGGUUGCAUUUUCAUUU